UGUGUGUGUGUGUGUGUGUGUGUGUGUGUGUGUGUGUGUGUGUAUAAUCUAGAGCCUGUAACUUGUUUUUCUGAUGUUUGGGGUAAGACCGUCUGUGUCUUUGUCUCCAUCUUUUAAAAUAAGGCCUAACAAAUGUAUUCUUCCCUCUCUCAUGCCACCCACUCAUCUUUAGGCAGGUUCCUGUGAGUGUUGUUAUUGAGGGCGUCUGCAGGCUAGUGGCAAAGAGCUUGAUGCUUGGGUUCCCUGUGAUCAUAAUUAGGUCUGUAGGUUUGAGAGGCCAAGCAGAGGUUCUCAUUUCGAUUUGGUUGGAGAGCUCGGUGGGCAUAACUGGGAGAUGUGAUAUAUGUGAAGAUUCACCCAAGAAUCUCCUCCUUGGCUGCUUAGAGAAGAGCUCUUUCAAGAUAUCAUGUCCCCAUCUUCCUCCUAAGGUGGAGUUCUUGGGACCAUGAAAGACAAAAACCCUACUCUUUCAUUAUUAGUGCCCUUCUGCCUCCCUCCUGAGUUAACAUCCUUAUCUAAAGGAAAAUCUAUACCCUCUGCCUUGGGAAGGCUAGCAAGGAGGGAGAAGAAAAGAAAAUUAAGAGACAAUUUGGUUGGCUGUCGUUAAUCCUGUCUAUUCCUGUGGGAAAACGAGCCUGCUGUCUUCGAUCUUUGUUAGCAGCUAGAUUGAGUUAAAGAAUACUGUAGCCUGUGAGGGAAAGGACGUUGCUCUUUCUGAAGAUACCUCAGAGCCGCCACCAACAUUUUUUUUUCCGUUAGUUAUGUCUCAGUCUGAGUCUGUGCUGGACGCUCGGCUGAUGCAGGAGAAGUAGCUACUAAGCGUGUCUGUGUUCUGAAGAGAAAGCCAGCCCAGUUAGGCCUUUUCUGGUGAAUCCAUCUCUCAACACAUCUACUGAUGCUUAACAAGGGAGCCAUUGGACUGGGGAGAUGCUAGAAACAGGCAAGCGCCAGGACCCAAACUCUAAUACCGAGUACAAAUGUCAAAAGCCAAAUCACUGGGUGCCAUGGGAAACACACACACACACACACACACACACACACACACACACGCACGCACACACACGCACAGCAGUAUGUACAUCCAAAAUCACAACUUUGUAAUCCUUCAAAUGCUUAUAUUUGAAUCUUCAGUUUAGGGCAAUCAGGACUGCCUAAAGGAACCACUUAACUGAAUGUAGCCAAAAGCUGGUUUCUUUCAGGUCCACCCCUUUUGCCUUCAGCCACGCCCGCCCGUUGACUUUGAAUAGACUUUGAAAGUCACACUAUAGGCUCUCCUCCAGAGAUCUUUCAAGUGAGGCUUGGAGCCACAGGCCUGUUCUCUUUUUCCCCUAUUCCCACAAGCUGGAAGCCAGGAAGGGAGGCAGAGAAUGUCUGCUGCUUUUAAAUGGACAGUUUGUGGAAUCAGCUUCUAGCAACGUUACUCGUUCAUGUGAACCAAAAAUAGCUGGAAGUAGGUCAGGUUGUAGAGAUGAGCGAGCCUCAGUUCACAUUCUGCUGACCUUACGAGGCUUUUUCUCAUGUACCGCGGCUGAGGGCUGGCUAAUGAUUUCAUAAAUGAGGAGAGAACAAUUCUCUUGUUUCCUGUAUGUUGCACAGAGCUCUAACGUUGUUAUUUCUUAACCUCAUGACAACCCUGAAAUCUGAAAUUUUUACCUGUAUUUUAUGUUUGAAAGAACCAGAAGGUCAUAGAAUUAACGUUGGAAUGCUUCAAGGACAUAACUCAUUUAGUGAAAGGGCGAAGAUUUGCCCAUAUUUUUCAGCCUGGAAGUAUUGAGGUUACUGUCCACAUUAAUGUAAACAUUGCAUAUAAUAUCUUAGUGAGAAAUCAUUUGAAUUCACAUUGGCAAGUAUUAAUGCCUCAUAAGACAAUGGAAAAUGCCAUUUUAUUAAGUCAUUUUUAAACAUGACAAUAAUGAGACACUUACUUAAAUUGAGUAUUUAGUAUAUACCAAGAAUUACAAUUGAGAGAAACAAGGAAGAUUCGAAUAAUUCAAGUGUCAGGUUGCAAAACUGCUCUGGAGAAGAAAGUGUGGUGUGAGUCAAGUGUGCACGUGUGCGCAGGCGUGCAUAUGUGUAUGCAUUCAAGUGUGAGUAAAUGCUAGUUUAUGGGUGCAGAAGAGAAGGCCCCAGAGCCAGUGUGAGGCUUGAGCAGACCACAAGGGAAGCGCAAAGCAGCCCUCUGUCAGCUGAAAGAAGAGGCAGCAGAGACAGCAGUGCAAAGGCCGUGAGGUGGGUGUGGCUGCUGCUGCAGUCUCCGCAGGGCUUGCCUUUCUGGGGAAUUUCCAGCCUUCACCACAUCCAUUCUGUGACAGCCUUUUAAGGGGUACAAGCAGGCAGAAGCUGCCUCCCAACCUGAGGCCAGGAGCUUAUGCAUAUGUAAAUCCCUCUCUCACAUGCAAGAUUCUCAAAUCAUUAUAAUUGAACAUUUAAAGCCUUCUCACCAAAAGGUAUUUUAGGCAUUUGGCUAUAUUGCCAAUUACAGCAUCAUCUUAAAAGAGAGGCUUUUAAAUUAAUUAAACCCAUUACACCUGAAUAUUUGAUUUCUGCCAACACAUAAUUUUAAGUUGUCACUUCAAAAUAAUUUGGGGAGGAUUUAGACUGUCAGACUUCCUUAGCUGCUCCUGGCAUUAAGAUGGAUAACAGGUAUAAGUGGCCCUAGCCAGGUGCUUUCCCCCUGGCCUGAGGCAGGCAGAUCUGCUGUCCUCAAGCCCUUCUGGCUGCUGUAACAGAGAUGCCAUGACUUAAACACCACACACAGACUUCUCCCUGCUCUAGAAACUGGGAAUAAGAUUAAAGUGUCCACAGAGUAAGUACGGCUGAGAGCUCAUGCAUAUGGCUCUCAUGGGUCCUCACAGGACCAAGGGGACUUGGGGCUUGUUUGAAAGUACACUAGCCCUGGACCUGGGAGAAGACCCAGGAAAGCACUUUCAAGUGCAAGUCCAAGGACCAGUUCUGAUCACAUGACUCCAUGUAACAGCUGAAUGGGUAUGCCAGGCUCCUAGAACUCCAGCUUCUGAAGGCAGGGAUGGGAUUCCCAGAGCAAGCUAGGUGCGUAGCUAGGCAAGCCAUGUCAGGGAGCUCUGGGUUUUAUUGAGACAUCCUACCUCAGUUAAUAAUUGAGAGAGCACUUGAGCAUGAUUCCUGACCUCAAUCCUGGCUUCUACAUGUAUACAGUGUGCAUAUACACGCACACACAUGUUCACGCCUGCUAAACAUGCAUAUACAUAAGUAUAACACACACACACACACACACACACUCACACACACACUAACCCCAGUCAAGAAGGUUCUCUUCACAUUGUCUCUCAAAGUUCCUGUCUCCUCUGAGCAUCAUAUUCUCCUGUUCAUUCAUUCAGUCUAUGACCAAAAUGUGUCUCUUCUUCAUUUCUUUGUCACCUUGACACACCUAGGAAGAACUUUAAUUAAAGAUUUUUUUUUCUCUAUCAGAAUGGCCUGUAGACAUGUCUGUGGGACAUUUUCUUGAUUGUUAAUUGAUGAGGGAGGGCCAGUCCACUGUAGGCAGAAAACCAUCCUGGACAGAUGGACCUAGAACCAUCCCUGGGUAAGGAAGCUGAGUGUGCACAUCAGAGAGAGCAAACCAGUGUGCAGCAUUGCUCCAUGGUUUCAGCCUCGCUGCCUCCCUCUAUGGUCCUGCCUUGAGCUGCCUUGGCUUUUCAUCAUGGUGGAGUAUGAUUUGUAAGCUGCAGUAAGUCUUUUCAUCCAUAGCUUGUUUUAUCAGAGCAACAAAAAGGGGAACUAGGGUACUGUCUGAGAAGUGACCUGGCCUCGCCCUUGUGACUCGUUAGGUAUGGGACGGGGCUCAGAAUCCUUCUUUCAGACAAAUUGCUUCCUUAAUGAAUCAAACCUAGGAGCCAACUUAAUGCCAGGUGAUGGGAAGUGCUCUGGAAUCCAGAGGCCUGGGGUGAGGCCUUGGUCUUGGCCAGGUGAGCAUAAACAGUCGCCAUGUUUUCCUUGAUGUGGCAGUGGCAGGGCACGCUUGCUUUUGCUGCUCUCCCAUGGCCUCCAAGUUGAGUGGCUUCACACCCUAUACUGUAGCUCUCAUGCAGAAGUGAGGGCCUAUGCUCUAGACUGGCAGUAUUCUAUCAGACAAAACCGUGAACUUCCUGGCAGAUCCCAUCCAAUCACACUUUGUCCUCCUCAGAAGCUCUUGAAGAGUCAGCUCUAGUGAAAGAGAGAAUCCAUCUUAGAGGGUGGUCUCAGGAACCAGGCCUCAUGCAGCCAAUCUUCUGCUAUGUUCUGUUUAGUCCUAUAGCCCUUUCUGGAUGCAAAUCUCAUUCUCCAGACUGAUGGUGUAUAGACAUCUAUGCUUUGGCAGUCUACCAGCUGUAUGGAUACAUGCCCAUGACUGAAACUCACAGGCUUAGAUCUCACCUGCUGAUUAUAGCUUUAUGUAAACCUAAAGAUUAAUGGGAAACUGUCUUAAGGGAGAAAGGAAUUAACACAGCUUUUCAAGACAUCAGUUUGGGAAAUGCUUAAGUACCUGCUGCAUUUCUUAUGUCAAGCUUACAGUACCCUGAAGUGAGCAUCAGCAUCUAAACAGAGAGUUGAAGGCACAAGCACCUAUGAUAACCAUUUAAAAAUAAAUAAUGCAUAAUUGAUCUAAUAAUCAGCUAACUGAUUUUUAAAAGAUUACAUUUACUUAGCAUGCAUGCACAUGCACACAUCACAGCAUCUAUGUAAAGGUCAGAGGUCAAUCUGUAGGCUUGGACCAUAUAGGCUGAAGGGAUCAAACUCAGGUUGUUAGGCUGAGCCAUGGGCGCCUUUACCCUCCUCUCUCCAUGUCUUCUCCAUGAAGCAUCCUUCUUUCCAGCUUGUCCAGGCUUUGAGUACCCAUCCUCUCUUGUAUAUUGCUGCUAGCCUUGCUGUUCCUCUGCUUGCAGAAGGAAAUCUGGGCUGUGAGGACAACACCAGCCACUGUUUCCUCCCCUGAAGAAGAUGGUUUUGCAGGCUGUGUUCAUCUUCCAGUGCUGAAGCUUUGCAACACCUGUACGUUUGCAAGAGAAAUUUAUCCGAUUCUGCAGGCUGAGCUAAUUGCAAUUCUCCAGUGUUAUUAUUAUUUGAAAUCUUCAGUGAAUCACCAAACCUCACUAAUUCUCAAACCAAAGUCUUUGUGUUAGGUGACGGUGGCCCAUCUAAUUACCAACAAUUAGAUGAGUAAGAACACCUGACCCCAGCAGUUCAGGUUCUAAUGAGACUCUGGUUCAGACAGUGUCAGCUAGAACCAGACAAAACAGGCUCACUCAGCCUUCCCUGUGACAAUAACAGAGCUGGUGGCAGCUGAGGAAAGUGGGAAAGUCAUUUUGUUCUUUCUGUCCUAGAUUCCAGGGGCUGCUUCGCUCUAGAGACCUUUUAAGCUUGUUUAGUUCUCUAUGAAAGCAACAGGAACAUAGAACAGGAAGGAGCCCAUAGAAGGGAGAGGCUGACCUAAUUUGAAUGUCCUCAGUUACUCAAAGGAACUGAAGCUUUAAAGGCACAGAGCCUCAAGGCUAGAGUUGUUUAGCUCUACACCCACACUCCCCUCAUGGCUUCUUCUCUUCCAUCCAUUGUACUCUGCACACGUGCAGAUUUCAUGUGCAUUAAAAGCAUCAUGCUGCUUUCAUCUGGAUUGAGUUCUGCUGGGGAAUGAACCCUUUGCUUUUGAGAGUACACUGUAGAAUGGAGAAGCUUGUUUUCGUUGGUUGUUUCCUUUAUGUCAAAGAAUGGCCAUUAGCUGUGCUAGAAUGGUUGGUCUUCUUGUUCCUCUUUGCUAUGGAGGGUCUUGGAUGUAAAAAAAAAAGGAUUAGAAACUCAGAAAAUGAAAUGUAAACGUCUAGUCUGUUGAUGGUGCAUAGUAUUAACAGUUUGAUGUUAAUGGCACGCUGGGUUGUGACCUUGGUUUAUCUGAGUCAGAGUUUGAGGACAUCGCGAAGCAGUAAGUGGUGAGAUUCUCUCUCUGUGCUUCUUGUUCUUCUGUGUAGUAACUGUGCACUUUUUAAAAGGGUCUCAAUCUGAAUACAUGGAAAUUUCUUCCAGGCUCCUCACUACAUGCACUGUAUUUUGUCCCUGUGAUUUGUAGAUUCUCACCAUUGUAAUGAACAGACCAUGCCAGAGGUCCCUGAGGGCAAAGAGGGUUGACCACAGAAGUCUUAGUGUCUAGAACAAAGAACGUGAUCAGCAGACAGAUGAGGGUUCUUGUCUCUGGAGAGCAAUGCAAAGGCAGUGCCCCAUGUCAAUAGCCAACUUGGAAAAAUGUAAAGGACUAAGUUAUUUUUCUUGAUGCUAUGACAAAAUAUGUAUGAAGAAGCAACUAAAAGGAUGAGUUUGCAUGGUUCAUGGUUUGUGAAGGGACACAGUCGAUCAUGGUAAGGGAAGGACUGGCAUCAGCAACCUGGUGGCUCUGGUCAUAUUGUGUCUAUAGUCAGGAAGCAGGAAGCAGGAAACAGGAAGCAGGAAGCAGGAAGCAAACAACAUGAAGUAGACAGAAAGUGGAACCCAAAUGUAAGUCUUCUGCUCCCCUCCCCCAGUGACUCACUUUUGCAAGUGGGGUUCCAUCCUAAACAGUUCAUCAGCUUCCAAAACAGAGCCAUGAGCUUGGCAAGCACAUGGUCAGACACACAAGCAAGCAUAUGGAGAUACUUCAGCGUCAAAACACAAGGACUUGUAAGAUACCUAGUAACCAGGCCAUAUUAAAAAAAAACAAAACAAAACCCCUUUUACUAUCUUCAGCAUAUAUCUGUCCGUUUUUACCCACUGCAGGUGUCCAAGCGGAAUACAAAGAAGUAGUUUCCUUGUAAGACAGAAGGGAGAGACAGCUCACAUCAUAAAACCACAGGUUGACAAACACAGUAAAGGGCCAGAGAGCAAAUGAUACCUUGAAUGCAUAGGUUGGGAUGUCCCAGAAGGCCCAGGUGGUAAAGGCUUGCCCCAAGGCUGGCACCACUGGGAUCUGUAGAAACAGUAUAGUGGCCCUUCUUAACUUCCUUUUACUUUCUGGUCAUGAUGUGAACAGUUUUGUCCCUUCAUGGGUGUUCCUGCCAUGGUGCUCUACCACACCACAGGCCCAAAGCAACAGGGCUUACCAAAAGUGGACAGAACCUCCAAGACUGCAAGCCACCAUACACCUGCUUAGGUAUUUUAUUAUAGCAGUGAAAGGCUGAUUAAUACCACAACCCCCCCUCCCCCGUCCAUCAUGUGAAACAGGAAAGCAGCCACACACAAAAGCACAAAGGAAAAACCAGGCUGGGCUCUAAUCAGACUUCAGUCACAGGUGCAGACAUGUCACCUUCUCACUGCCUUAUAUUAUGAAAUUCUACUCAAUUAGGAAAUUUCCAUAAGACACCUGACAGUGUGAAAUGUCUCAACUCACCGUACUUAUGUAUGCUUGCUAUCAGUGGUAACAGUGCUCAACCCUGAGAAUUUGAUUUUAUGAUGCGAUUAUUAAGGAGGGGGUACUUUCUUUCUCUGAGUGAUUUGAUGAUCUUAAGUGAGCAUGAUUCCUAUAUUAUUUGCAGAACUAAAAUUAGUUACUUAAAUAUAAAAAGAGAGUCACAUUUAAGAAGACACUGAGCAUGUUACUGUGAAUCUCAAUUAUAAUUGACCUAUGAUUUAUAAGAAUGUUCACAUUCACCUUUUCUGAAUAUAGCUUUUGGGAAUUCACGUCUGUAUAAAAGAAUUGGUUACUGAUGUUUGCUCUAUAGGAUCAAGAAUAAAAGCAGAAGCAGUGAACCUUGGGAAAGGACCUGGCAGGACUGGGAGGGGUUGUGGAUCUAAGGAACUAUGAAGACAAAAGAGCGCUAUCAGGACACAUUGCUCGUGUGUAAAGUAAAAGACUAAAUUAAUAAAUAAAAAUUAAAUAAACUGGAGUAUCUUUUCCAGGCAAUUGGUAUUAAAAUAAGGCAGGCAUGUACUAAUCCCACAAUCCAUACGGAUUCAAGUUAGAAAUGCAACAUUUGCCCACAUGUGCUACUAGGGCACACGCCUGGAAAACGGGUGGCAUCUUUCUCCGGGUACUACUGUUGUUUUAAUCAGGUUUUCUGGACUUUCAAAGUCGUUGGUUAAAUUAGAACUGACACAUAUGUUAAUUAGCUGGGUGGCAGGGUAGAGAUAAACAGGCAAAACAGAAUGACAACAUGUUCCCUUUAAAAAAAUGGUGACUCUGAAUAGUAUUUGGUUCUGUUUGUCAGUAAUUGUGUAUCUUCCUCUGUCCUUGCCUGGUGUGUUAAUCUGCUAGUCUGAAAUCUUUUUUAUCUGCCUGUACUGUGAGAUCCUUCUUUGCCAUAAUCCAUCUGUGUCCUACAGGAGGUGAACCUGCCUUUCAGGACUGGCAUGGUGGUGGACAGUAUUAAUGUGUAUAAAAGGAAAAACUCCUUGAAUAAUUUAAUGACCAAAUGUCAUCUGGGGAAAAGGGGUCAGUAUGGAAAAUGACUUUUCCUAUCAGCUUUAAAAAUCACAGUGUGGCUUGCCUUUCUUAUGUGCAAAUCAAAUAUCAAAUUGAAGGAUGUUUAUACAUCUUUCUGUAGGAUGUUUAAUGUUUUGCAUUUCCUAUUAGAACAAGGAAGCGUCUAUAGCAUUUUUGUUUACUUCUGUUAAAAGAAAGGAAAAAAAAACACAACAGAAAACCUAACCAACCGUCAGAACCUCAAUAAACGAACCAGCAAAAGAAAGUCCUCCUUCUUUCCAGAACAACAGAUGCUGCCUUUGACCUUGGGAUUUAAGGGCAAAUCUAUCCUUGUUUACACGUCUUGAAUUUCUUGGAUUUGCCAGUAUGAGGACAGCCGUUGGGGACGAAGCGCUCCAAGUAUGUAAGCCAUGAAAAGAAAAUGAGUCUGGGCAGCUGUUGCUGCAGAAAUCACGCUUUUGUCUGUUUCCAGUUCACUCAUACGGAGAAUUUUAAGAAUUAAAAAGAAAAAAAAAAGGAGGAAAAAAAAAGGAAAGGCAACUACAUUUAAUCGAAAGACUCCUGCCACAGAUGUCACAGCUUGGGAGCUGGCCUCUCCAUCUGACACAUUGCCUCCCCGUGAGGGAAUCGAGUUUCCAGGAGGCUACAUUUGCUUUGCUGGGCCCCCUUGUGGGGUUGGAUAAGGAAACAUAGCCAGUGCUAUGCUCAGCCAGCCAACCAGAGGGACCCACUGGUGAGCGAGCUCAUUGGUUCUCUGUGGCAGAGGGAACUACUGAUGAGCGAGCUCAUUGGUUCUCUGUGGCAGAGGGAACUACUGAUGAGCGAGCUCAUUGGUUCUCUGUGGCAGCUUUUCUACAAUGAAGGCUGGAAAGACCUUGUGAGAAAUGAGAGACAAGUGAGAUUCCUCUGCUGCAUGUUUGCCCACAUGUGGUUCCUAGCUCGGUGGCGGAGGGGCACUGGGUCGUCAUGUCAAAACGGGCCAGCUUGCUGCCAUUAAGGUUAUGGAUGUCACAGGGGAUGAAGAGGAAGAAAUCAAACAAGAAAUUAACAUGUUGAAGAAAUAUUCUCAUCACAGGAACAUUGCUACAUACUACGGUGCUUUUAUCAAAAAGAACCCUCCUGGCAUGGAUGACCAACUCUGGUUGGUUAUGGAGUUCUGUGGUGCUGGCUCUGUCACUGACCUGAUCAAGAACACGAAAGGCAACACAUUGAAAGAGGAGUGGAUUGCAUACAUCUGCAGGGAGAUCUUACGGGGCCUGAGUCACCUGCACCAGCACAAAGUGAUUCAUCGAGAUAUCAAAGGGCAGAACGUCUUGUUGACUGAAAAUGCAGAGGUUAAGCUAGUGGAUUUUGGAGUGAGUGCCCAGCUUGACCGAACUGUGGGCAGGAGGAACACGUUCAUCGGGACUCCCUACUGGAUGGCACCAGAAGUCAUUGCCUGUGAUGAGAACCCGGAUGCCACAUAUGAUUUCAAGAGUGACUUGUGGUCUUUGGGAAUCACCGCCAUUGAGAUGGCAGAAGGUGCCCCCCCCCUCUGUGACAUGCAUCCCAUGAGAGCCCUCUUCCUCAUCCCACGGAACCCUGCACCUCGGCUCAAGUCUAAGAAGUGGUCAAAAAAAUUCCAGUCAUUUAUCGAGAGCUGCUUGGUAAAGAAUCACAGCCAGCGGCCAGCCACGGAGCAGUUGAUGAAGCACCCAUUCAUACGAGACCAACCUAAUGAGAGGCAGGUCCGCAUCCAGCUGAAGGACCACAUUGAUCGAACAAAGAAGAAGCGAGGAGAAAAAGAUGAGACUGAGUAUGAAUACAGCGGAAGUGAGGAAGAAGAGGAAGAGAAUGACUCUGGGGAACCCAGCUCCAUUCUGAACCUACCAGGGGAGUCAACACUGCGAAGGGACUUCCUGAGACUGCAGCUGGCCAACAAGGAGCGCUCAGAGGCCCUGCGGCGCCAACAGCUGGAGCAGCAGCAGCGGGAGAAUGAAGAACACAAGCGGCAGCUACUGGCUGAGCGCCAGAAGCGCAUCGAAGAGCAGAAGGAGCAAAGGCGGAGGCUGGAGGAGCAACAAAGGCGAGAAAAAGAGCUUCGGAAACAGCAGGAGCGGGAACAGCGCCGGCACUACGAAGAACAGAUGCGUCGGGAGGAGGAGAGGAGGCGUGCCGAACAUGAGCAGGAAUACAUCAGGCGGCAGCUAGAAGAAGAGCAAAGGCAGUUAGAGAUCUUACAGCAGCAGCUACUGCAUGAGCAAGCUCUACUUCUGGAAUAUAAGCGCAAACAAUUGGAAGAACAGAGACAAGCAGAAAGACUGCAGAGGCAGCUAAAGCAAGAGCGGGACUAUCUGGUUUCCCUCCAGCAUCAGCGGCAGGAGCAGAGGCCCCUGGAGAAGAAGCCACUGUACCAUUACAAGGAGGGCAUGAGUCCUAGUGAGAAGCCGGCCUGGGCCAAGGAGGUAGAAGAACGCUCAAGACUCAACCGACAGAGUUCACCUGCCAUGCCUCACAAGGUUGCCAACAGGAUCUCGGACCCCAACCUGCCCCCAAGAUCAGAGUCCUUCAGCAUUAGUGGGGUUCAGCCUGCAAGGACACCCCCAAUGCUCAGACCUGUUGACCCCCAGAUCCCGCAGCUGGUAGCUGUCAAAUCCCAGGGACCUGCCUUGACGGCCUCCCAGUCAGUACAUGAGCAACCCACAAAGGGCCUGUCUGGGUUCCAGGAGGCUCUGAAUGUGACCUCUCACCGGGUCGAGAUGCCACGCCAGAACUCGGAUCCCACCUCAGAAAACCCUCCUCUCCCCACGAGAAUUGAGAAGUUUGACAGAAGCUCUUGGUUACGACAGGAAGAAGACAUUCCACCAAAGGUGCCUCAAAGAACAACUUCUAUAUCCCCAGCACUAGCCAGAAAGAAUUCCCCUGGCAAUGGCAGUGCUCUGGGCCCCAGACUUGGAUCUCAGCCCAUCAGAGCAAGCAACCCUGAUCUGCGCAGGACAGAGCCAGUCCUGGAGAGUUCCCUGCAGCGGACAAGCAGUGGCAGUUCCUCCAGCUCCAGCACUCCCAGCUCCCAGCCCAGCUCCCAAGGAGGCUCUCAACCUGGCUCCCAAGCAGGAUCUAGUGAGCGGUCCAGAGUGCGGGCCAACAGUAAGUCCGAAGGAUCACCCGUGCUCCCCCAUGAGCCUUCCAAGGUGAAACCAGAAGAAUCCAGAGACAUCACACGGCCCAGUCGGCCAGCUAGCUAUAAGAAAGCUAUAGAUGAGGGAGAAAUGGAUCUGACGGCAUUAGCCAAAGAAUUACGAGAACUCCGCAUUGAAGAAACAAACCGCCCCCUGAAGAAAGUGACUGAUUACUCUUCCUCCAGCGAGGAGUCGGAGAGCAGUGAGGAAGAAGAGGAAGAUGGAGAGAGUGAGACACAUGACGGGACGGUGGCUGUCAGUGACAUACCCAGACUAAUACCCACCGGAGCUCCAGGGAACAAUGAGCAGUACAACAUGGGGAUGGUCGGGACACAUGGGCUGGAAACUUCGCAUGCGGACACCUUUGGCGGCAGCAUUUCAAGAGAAGGAACCUUGAUGAUCAGAGAGACGGCUGAAGAGAAGAAGCGAUCUGGCCACAGUGACAGUAAUGGAUUCGCCGGUCACAUCAAUCUCCCAGACCUUGUACAGCAGAGCCAUUCGCCAGCUGGAACUCCCACUGAGGGGCUGGGCCGCGUCUCCACUCAUUCCCAGGAGAUGGACUCUGGGGCUGAAUAUGGUAUAGGGAGCAGCACCAAAGCCUCUUUCACCCCCUUCGUGGACCCUCGAGUGUACCAGACAUCGCCCACUGAUGAAGAUGAAGAGGAUGAUGAGUCUUCAGCUGCUGCCCUGUUUACUAGCGAACUUCUUAGGCAAGAACAGGCCAAACUCAAUGAAGCGAGGAAGAUUUCAGUGGUAAAUGUGAACCCAACAAACAUUCGCCCUCAUAGUGACACACCGGAAAUCAGAAAAUACAAGAAACGCUUCAAUUCAGAAAUACUUUGUGCAGCUCUAUGGGGUGUGAACCUUCUGGUGGGGACUGAAAAUGGCCUGAUGCUUUUGGACAGAAGUGGCCAAGGCAAAGUCUACAACCUAAUCAACCGGAGGCGGUUUCAGCAGAUGGAUGUGCUAGAAGGACUAAAUGUUCUUGUCACGAUAUCAGGAAAGAAGAACAAGCUCCGUGUGUACUAUCUCUCAUGGUUAAGAAACAGAAUCCUGCACAAUGACCCAGAAGUGGAAAAGAAGCAGGGCUGGAUCACUGUCGGUGACUUGGAAGGCUGCAUCCAUUACAAAGUCGUUAAAUAUGAAAGAAUCAAGUUCCUGGUGAUUGCCUUAAAGAAUGCAGUAGAGAUAUAUGCGUGGGCCCCUAAACCUUACCAUAAGUUCAUGGCAUUUAAGUCUUUUGCAGAUCUUCAGCAUAAGCCUCUGCUCGUUGACCUCACAGUAGAAGAAGGUCAAAGGUUAAAGGUCAUAUUUGGCUCACACACUGGUUUCCAUGUAAUUGAUGUUGAUUCUGGAAACUCCUACGAUAUCUAUAUACCAUCCCAUAUUCAGGGCAAUAUCACUCCUCAUGCUAUCGUCAUCUUGCCUAAAACAGAUGGAAUGGAGAUGCUUGUCUGCUAUGAGGAUGAAGGGGUGUACGUGAACACCUACGGCCGGAUCACUAAGGAUGUGGUGCUCCAAUGGGGAGAAAUGCCCACAUCUGUGGCCUACAUUCAUUCCAAUCAGAUAAUGGGCUGGGGCGAGAAAGCUAUUGAGAUCCGGUCAGUGGAAACAGGACAUUUGGAUGGAGUGUUUAUGCAUAAACGAGCUCAAAGGUUAAAGUUUCUAUGUGAAAGAAAUGAUAAGGUAAAUCCGUUUCAACUUUGCUUUAGUGUUUGCAUUUUAAGAGACCACCAGGUACCUGUGAAACCUUCAUUUUCCUUUAUACUGACUCAAGUCACAUCUGUGUUCAAUGAUCAAUGACAAUGAAGUGGCAUUACUUGGUUUGAUUCAUGUGAACAUUCAGAAUCUAUGACUCAUGCAUCCAAACCAGCAUAAAACAUCUCUUACUUUCUUGUAAACUCUUGGUGACUUUUGUGGCCUGAGGGCCUUCCAGUGACUUGACAACCAUUGUAGACUCUCCUAUGCACUUAGAGCAGCUAGCCCAUCAUUGGUCACCUCAUAGUGGGUUAGCCUUAUGCCUUCACUUUUAGGCCUUUCACAGAGACAGUGUUGGGACCUAGCUUUCAUAUUAUAUUCACCUUUAAGUGUAGAAAAUAUGACAUGUAGAAAUAUGAGCUUCUAAACAAUGUCACUCAUUCCUAAGAAACAUAGUCACAAACUCUACUCCUGCCAUGUCCUGUCUCAUUUCAGCCAUGUGUCUCCUGACAUGUCACAAGGGUUGGGGGGGGGGGCUACAUUCCAACGGAAGUGACCAUGUCUGUCCAGCAUGAUCUCUCGCCUCAAAGGAGUAUACUUAAGUGGUCAUGCUCUGCCUUGCCCUCCCUGGAGAGUAAUCCGGAGUCUUUAAUAGCUAAUCUACAUUUGUGAGCCCACCCUUUGAGACUAUGUUCACCCGACCAACCAUGUCCACAUAGAGAAUAACGUGAUGGGUUGAACUGUUUACAUUUCUAUAUUCACCCCAGUUCCCCAGAGGCCAGACUGCUCUUUAUCCCACCCUGGUAAUAUGGAUCUGGAUUCUUUGACCCUGGCUAACUAUUUCUGACCUGGUAUGGUCUAGUGGGCAGUAGCUCUGGAAGACGAGGAUAGUUACCAGGGGUCUUAUCAGAGUAUGCCAGAAACCAGUCUUAACAAUUGAGACUCCAACACUUCUGCAGUCCCUAGAUCCUAAGAAAUGAGAUGUUCUGUGUGUUGACCACUAUACUGUAGUUCUCAGUGACCCACCCCAGCAGGCCUGGUCCAACCCAUCCUCUCGGGCUAGUGCCUCUAGUUUACUCCCUGAGCUCACAACUAGCAACCUUUUCAGCAGAUCUCCACUCUUCUCCCUGUUUCUAUUCCCUGACCCCUGAGUAGCUGUAGUUUCCCCUGUAGCUUUAGCUAAAUAUCAAGCAACUCCACAAGCUUCUUAAGAAGCCAUGGACACCAAGUAGCACAAACUUUCACUAGUGACACACUCAUUCCUCAGACCACAGACACUGGCUUACUGAAGGGCUAUUGCACAGCCCCAUAUAGUAUUUUCCUGGGGCAGUGGUUCACUGACAAUCAGCUCAAGCAAGCAGUCAUCUAAAUUCUGCUCACUUCGCCCAGGCCUUUGAUAAAAUGAUUGAACUGGCUCAGACCUAAUGGACUGUGCUUCUGCUUAUUAAUACCAUUAUCUCCCUUGGCCUGGGAUCUGCUAGCAUCAGCAGAGAGCCUAAGUGUUAACCCAAAGAACACUGUAAACACUGGCCAUUGACACUGAGCCGAUGCACAGUGAGGAUAGGACAUGUGAGAGAAAAUGGCUGGCAGUUGAAGAAAAAGAAGGGGGAAAACAGAAACCCAUGAAGUUGAACUAACUUGUUUUUAAUUUCAAACAGGUAUUUUUUGCAUCCGUGCGAUCUGGAGGAAGUAGCCAAGUGUUUUUCAUGACCCUCAACAGAAAUUCCAUGAUGAACUGGUAACAGAAGAGCACUUGGCACUUAUCUUCAUGGCGUUAUUUCUAAUGUAAAAGAACAUAACUCAUGUGGACGUAUGCCAGUCUAGAGGCAGAAUCAGAAGGCCUGGUUGAACAUACUGCUCUCUCCGUUUCCUCUCCCUCCAUCUCUCCCAAUAUAGUCCUUUUUGGUGUUGCAGCCUGGUUGAGAAGGAGAGAAAGAGGUGGCGGGAAUGGCUGGGCAAGCGAUUCCGAGGAUGCUGCAUUGUCUGUGGACAGAGAUGGACCUUGUGCCCUUCGGAGUUAGGGAUAGAGACAAAUAUUGUGUGCUCUUAUGAUUAAGCUGUGUUCAUGCUGGCUUUUCAGUUCUUUUUGGUUUGGAACUUUUUAACUUUUUCCCCCCUUUACCACCUUACUUUGUAAGAAUGGGGGGAAAUGCAUACUGGGAACAUAGUCUUUUUAAAAUUCUGUCUGCCUGCUAGCUUUAAGUAUAUGGUAUGUUGUAAAAGUUCCAACUCCCAGUAGUGAGAAACAUCGCAAUAAAUGGACCCUAUCUCCCUGCACUGAAGGCCAUAACCACAUAGUGGGGUAAUUUAAGAAUUUUCUUGCCUUCACUAACCCAAGAGGCUAUUUUUGUUUUGUCUUGUUUUGUUUUAUUUUAUCUUUUUUUUUUAAUUGCUACUGGCUAAUGAAUUUUUGAAAGAGAAGCAAAAUAGCUGGUUUUCUCCUCUCUGGGGAAAUAGAUUUUAAAUGGCUAAACUAUUAGCCUUAACCUAAUAAAAUCAACUACCACUCUUGUGAGUCUGUCAGGCCAUAUUUUGAUAUGGCCCUUUCUGGAAUGGAGGGUGUUGAAUGGGACAGCGAUGCCAUUGAGUUGAGUGGGCUUGUGACUGGGGAGGGACUCUGGGAUGUGACUGUCCCUCAAUUAUUAUGCAACAGAUCAGGGCAAAAGAUGGGAUGACAGGUGGGUCACCCAGAAGGAGCUUCUGAGAAAUGAGCUAAUAUGUCUAUGUAAAUACACACAUGUUCUUUCUUCAAGGCACAAAGCCUCCUUGAUAAGAGGUCCCUUCAGUUGGGCUUUGUUAGGACUGUGACUGGUUGAGAUCUUUCCCAGAGCUGGGGGUACAUAACAGCCAUGCUCUGGAAACCCUCCCAAGGGUGCCACUUUCUCAACAGAAAAACUGUGAUGGAGAAGAAUUACUAAUAAAUGUUCCUGAGCUGCCUGUGUUCUUACUGGGUCGAGGGACUAACUAGACUUGCAAGGCUGCCGCACACAGCAGGCACCAAAAGCUCAGAUUUUAGGGAACCUAAAGGCAAGGCUUUGACAAAAUUCUAAGACUCUAAUCAUGUUAUGUUCCUCCAAACUUUCCAACAUACUGUUAACAACAUCUGUGCAGAGAUGUGUAUGUAUUUAGUUCAGGUUGACUUGUGUCCUUAUAGAAACCCUUACUCGAAUGAUUUGAACCUUUAUGUGACUGACUGGGAUUUUCCUCAAAGCUAUAAGCAUGGCCGCCUACGGUAUCCAGGUGUUGCGAAAUGGUAUCUGUGCUGUGCUUCCUGUUUUAACCUACCUCGUUUUGUUUGUUUUUGUUUCUCUGUUCAUCACAGCAGUGUUAUCUCCAGGAGACAUAUAGAGAGCUCACCUGGCAAUCUCAGCUGUAUUGAAUAUUUUCAAAACAGUAGUUGACCAAAUUGUUCUUUAGAAAUUGGAGGGGGAAAAAAAAUCUCCAAUGACAAAAACCUAAUGCAGGUUGUUUUUAAAGAAUACAAUUACUGUAAAUGGAUCAAAAAAGAAAGACAAAAACUGGGAUUCUCCUGAUUUUGCCUAAAGAAAUGAGCAGCUGAUGUACUAUUAAUGAGAACGAAACUUAUAUUAGGAAAACGGCACCUUUUUAAUCUGGUAGUUGGCCAAAGGGGAUGAGAAAGGGGACUAUUCUGAGUUCUGGACUAGGGGAAAAUCUGUAAUCUCCACAGGUGAUUAUUGUUUGCAGUUAUCUGAAGCAGGUAACACACAGAAAUAUAGUCAGGGUGGUCUUCAAGUGAUCACCAGGAUGCGCCCGUCAUGGUCCCUCUAGCUCUCAAAGGCAAUGAAAUCCUUCCGUUCUCAUUUUUACUGCUGGGGUUAUGCUGCCAAACAACAUUGUCCUCAUGAAUUCCAUGGGACAAAUUCAGCAAUAGAUCUGGGUUGAAUUUAGCAACUACCAUAAUUGGAUGCUGAUAUGGACAAAAAUAAUGUAGAUUUGGGUCUUGUCUCCAAAUGCGAUUGCCACCAGCUCUUUAUAUUGCUGCUGUGAUGUUUUGAACCUGAGGCUUCCUUAAAUUAUGUUGCAAACUGAUCUUUGUUUUAAUGUUUUGUUUCGUUUCAUUAUUUCUAAGCGAUACAUCUGAAACACACAGCUUUAAAUGAUUUUUUAUUGUGGGACUUUGGGUACAGUUAAGAAAUAAAAGGGAAUCAUUGUGUUUAAACAUAA